UGUAGGAAGGGGCUUCCGCUUCCGGCAGGGGUGGCUGCAGCCUCGCUCUGGUCCCUGCGACUGGCGGCCGAGUCGUGUGUCUCCUCCUCCGCCGCCGCCAUAUUGUCUGUGUGAGGAGAGGGGAGAGAGGCCGCCGCCGCCGCCGAUUCCACCACAGUUUGAAGAAAACAGGUCUGAAACAAGUUCUUAACCCCAGCUGCCUGUGAACACAGUGACUGCCAGAUCUCCAAACAUCAAGUCCAGCUUUGUUCGCCAACCUGUCUGACAUGUCGGGACCCGUGCCAAGCAGGGCCAGAGUUUACACAGAUGUUAAUACACAUAGACCCCGAGAGUACUGGGAUUACGAGUCACAUGUGGUGGAAUGGGGAAAUCAAGAUGACUACCAGCUGGUUCGAAAAUUAGGCCGGGGUAAAUACAGUGAAGUAUUUGAAGCCAUCAACAUCACAAAUAAUGAAAAAGUUGUUGUUAAAAUUCUCAAGCCAGUAAAGAAGAAGAAAAUCAAGCGUGAAAUAAAGAUUUUGGAGAAUUUGCGAGGUGGUCCCAACAUCAUCACACUGGCAGACAUUGUAAAAGACCCUGUGUCACGAACCCCUGCCUUGGUUUUUGAACACGUAAACAACACAGACUUCAAGCAAUUGUACCAGACGUUAACAGACUAUGACAUUCGAUUUUACAUGUAUGAGAUUCUGAAGGCCCUGGAUUAUUGUCACAGCAUGGGAAUUAUGCACAGAGAUGUGAAACCCCAUAAUGUCAUGAUUGAUCAUGAGCACAGAAAGCUACGGCUAAUAGACUGGGGUUUAGCUGAGUUUUACCAUCCUGGCCAAGAAUAUAAUGUCCGAGUUGCUUCCCGAUACUUCAAAGGUCCUGAGCUACUUGUAGAUUAUCAGAUGUACGAUUAUAGUUUGGAUAUGUGGAGCUUGGGAUGUAUGCUGGCAAGUAUGAUCUUCCGGAAGGAGCCAUUUUUCCAUGGACAUGAUAAUUAUGAUCAGUUGGUGAGGAUAGCCAAGGUUCUGGGGACAGAAGAUCUAUAUGACUAUAUUGACAAAUACAACAUUGAAUUAGACCCACGUUUCAAUGAUAUCUUGGGCAGACAUUCCCGUAAGCGAUGGGAACGGUUUGUCCACAGUGAAAAUCAGCACCUUGUCAGCCCCGAGGCCUUGGAUUUCCUGGACAAGCUGCUGCGAUAUGACCACCAGUCACGGCUCACUGCCAGAGAAGCCAUGGAGCACCCCUAUUUCUACACUGUUGUGAAGGAGCAGGCUCGAAUGGGCUCAUCCAGCAUGCAGGGGGGCAGUACGCCUGUCAGCAGCGCCAACAUGAUGUCAGGGAUUUCUUCAGUGCCAACCCCUUCGCCCCUCGGACCUCUCGCGGGCUCACCAGUGAUUGCUGCUGCCAACCCCUUGGGAUGCCUGUUCCAGCUGCUGCUGGCGCUCAGCAGUAAUGGCCCUUCUCUCUCCUGAUCCUGAGCAGAGGUGGGGGAGUCCAGUCACUCCUUGAUGCAGCUUGCGCCCGCCGGGGAGGGUUGAAAUACUUCAGAAGCACCGUGUCUGAACCGUUGCUUGUGGAUUUAUAGUAGUUCAGUCAUAAAAAAAAAUUAUAAUAGGCUGAUUUUUUUCCUUUUUUUCCUUUUUUUUUUAACUCGAACUUUUCAUAACUCAGGGGAUUCCCUGAAAAAUUACCUGCAGGUGGACUAUUUCACAGACAAAUUUUUUUCUCCCCUUCCAAAUUCAGUUCCUCAUCACUGUAGAACAAAGAUAUACCAGCCUCAAUCCCGGCUGCUACGUUUGGGUGGAGAUUUCUUCCCAGUUUCUCACCAUUGCUCCCCCACCAUCCCACACUUUGGGGGUAUCUCAUGCUCUUCUCCAGAGAUUACAAAAUGUAGCUUCUUGGAGGGUAGUGGGAAGAAAGGAGGAAGUGAGAACCCAACCUGUACGAGCAGUGUUCUGCUAGUCACAUAUAUCAGUUUACUCCAAAAGUGCUUCAGUGGGGUUAUCCUGGUGAAAAUAAGGGAAUAUGUCUUAGUUACAUUGAGAUGCUGAAAUGCUACCCAAAGUGCAUACAGGUCCUGAAAACUUCUGUUCUAUAUAAAUCAUGUCUUAACUGACCUAACCCUAAAUCCAACUCACUUGUAAUUUUAGUUUCAGUUUAGUUUAAAAUGUUAAUACCUUGGUCCUCUUGCCUUUUAUCUCCCAGCACGUUCUAUAGCUGGUAGGAGGGGGAAGGCAAAAUCUUUUUCCAUUUUCUUUGACUUGGCCAUUUUGAAUUCAGUUACUGGGCAUAACUUACUGCUUUUUACAAAAGAAAUGAACAUUGUCUAUAAAGGCUUCAUGCUGGCAACUCUUGAAGAACUCAUGAGAGAUGUGGCCACACUGAGUUUCAUUUUAAGCUUUCUACCUUCUUUUCCUCCUACCUUCCCCGUCCUUCACAUGCCAUCUCGUGAGAAGACCUUCCCUUCAGUCUUGGAAAUGUAUCUGAGAGGUAGGAGCAGAGCCACUACCUCCAAUGAAACAGAAAUGGUAGACCUGUAAUUGUGGGGGAACUAUAAACUCUCUUGUUACAGCCCUGCCACCCUUUGCUGUGUGUAUAUAUAUGAUACUUUGUCCUUCAUAUGUGAAAGAUCCAGUGUUGGAAUUCUUUGGUGUAAAUAAACGUUUGGUUUUAUUUAUCAAG